AUGGCAUACCCAGGAUACGGUGGGUAUGGCAGUCCAAUGCCAGGCCAAGGAAUGCCUGGAGGACCAAUGGGGGUACCCAUACCCAAUAACAUGAGUGGACCAAUUGGAGGCCCGAUGGGAGGCGCACUUCCCCAGGCUGGUGGUUUCCCCCCUUAUGGAGGAGUCUAUCCGGCUUAUGGUACUGCAGGCCCUGCUGUCAAUGAUCCAGUGUGGGGUUACUUCACAGCCAUUGCUGGCCAGGAUGGCGAAGUGGAUGCAGUAGAGCUGCAGAGAUGUUUAACUCAAGCUGGAUUCACUGGAACCUACAGCCCAUUUAGCCUGGAGACAUGCAGAAUCAUGAUCGCGAUGCUCGAUAGGGACUUUACAGGUAAGAUGGGCUUUAAUGAGUUCAAGGAGCUUUUUGUGGCAUUGAACGGCUGGAAGCAGAACUUCACAAUGUUUGACCGGGACAGAAGUGGCACUGUUGAACCCCAUGAAAUGACCCAGGCAAUUAGCUCUAUGGGAUACCGCAUCAGUCCUCAGGCUCUGAACGCCAUCAUCAAGCGCUACAAUAAAGGUGGGCGCAUUUACUUUGACGACUACGUGGCCUGCUGUGUCAAGCUCCGUGCGCUCACAGAUCAUUUUAAAAGGAGAGAUAGAAUGCAGCAAGGUUCUGUACACUUCACCUAUGACGAUUUUAUCCUGUGCACAAUGGCGAUUUAA